AUGAUGAAGAGAAACGACACAGAGAAAUACAAGAUGAUGGCUCCCACAUAUCCCGACAGAAAUACCUUCGAGUAUGAAGAGAUGACCUCUGAAGUUGGGAUGUAUAAGGUCCCUGUGAAUAGGCCUGUUAGAAUAUACUGCGAUGGGGUGUACGAUCUAUUUCAUUAUGGACAUGCCCGAAGUUUGAAACAAGCAAAGAAUCUUUUUCCAAAUGUCUACUUGCUGGUUGGGGUUACAGAUGACGACAUAACUAUAAGACUUAAGGGAAAUCUUGUCAUGAACGAAAAAGAAAGAGCUGAAGGACUAAUCCAUUGCAGAUAUGUUGAUGAAGUUAUAACAAGUGCACCAUGGGAGUUAACAUCGGAAUUCCUUCAAAAGCAUAGAAUAGAUUUUGUUGCGCAUGAUGACAUUCCGUACAAGGGAGAGAAUAAGGACGAUAUCUACAAGUUUGUAAAAGACAUGGGGAUGUUUAUACCGAUCAAAAGAACAAAGGGAAUUAGUACUAGUGGAAUAAUAACAGACAUAGUGAGGAACUAUGAUGUAUAUGUCCGAAGAAACCUUGAGAGAGGAGUUUCUGCAAAGGACCUGAAUAUAUCGUUCCUUCAUAUGAAGAGAAUAAAGAUGAGUAAGAAAAUGAAUGAGAUGAUCAAGAAUGUUGACAUUCAAAGAGAGAUUGAAGACAUAAGGCGAGAAAUAAGAAUUGCAAUGAGGUACUGGGAAAGAGUGUCCAACGAGAUUAUUUCUGGAUUUAUAGAAAACUUUUACCAUGGAAAGACUUCUGGCAGGUUUAUUGAUCGCCUAGUGGAGUUUGUGAAGCUUAAGAGAAAGAAUGAAUAA